CCUACUACUUGGAUUUAGAAUUUUAUUUUGUCUCUCCAUUACUGAAAUUGUCCCAUCACUACUAGGGAAACCUAAGCAUCCACGAUAGGAAACAAUAAUUUCUGUUUCUGAUGUGGUAUUUGCGACACUUCUCCAAAUCGUUGCUGAAAUGUGAGCAACUCUAAAAAAAGUGGACAGUGACCAGUUUAAAAAAGAAGUGCUCUCUCAUCAUCCGUAAUAGACACGUGCUUUGCACAUAUCAUUUUUGACCAGGAUCGUUUUUAAUCGAAAAACAUGGAAACAUUUACGUUUCUUAUACUCAUCAGCUGCGCGACUUUGUCGCGCCAGACCACACCACCUGAACCAAGGGUAUUAUUAGGUAAUCCAGCUCGGCGUCCACCAUUAUGUAGUCUAUCUCCAGGAAAGGUACGAGUGUUCCAGGAUUUGCGCGAUUAUAAAGUACAGAAUGCCAGCUUUGGGCUACACGAAGCAGACUAUCAAGGAAAUGUAGUCGAAUUUGCCACAGGAACGUUUGACGAAACCUUACAGAGGAACAGCUUCAUUAGUUUUGAUUCGGUUAAAGUUUUUGGUCUCCGUAUACCCAAAAAACAGAUUAAGCAUAUUGAAGAAGGAGCAUUUUUUGGUUUGGAUUGUCUGUAUCAGUUGGACCUAAGCCUCAAUAACGUGACAGUUCUGUCUCGCGAAACAUUUAAUGGUUUACCGUAUCUCAGACAUCUCAAUGUUAGUUAUAAUGCAAUAGAUAAUAUAACUGGUUUUUUUGACAAGGCUCAUCUGUCCGUUUUGGAUUUAUCUCAUAAUGAACUCGUAGCAUUGCCGUCAUUAAGAGCACUGGCAGGUCUGAAGGUUCUUAAUGUCAGCUAUAAUCAAAUUGAACAAAUUACUGAACGUGUUUUUGAGGGCAUUGAUGCUCUUGAAGAGUUGUAUUUGUCUCACAAUCGGUUAUGGCAGUUUAAUAUGCUCCAUUGGAUCACCUUCGGGACAUUAAAAAAACUAGAUGUGGCAUAUAACCUUUUUGAAUACGUCAAUCUGGUUUCAAAAUUCGAAACUAGAAAUUUGGAAAUGUUGAACAUCAGCGGCAAUAAUAUAAUGGACUUGGAUGUUCUGGACGUUAAAAUAACAAUGAAGAAAUUGGCGUUGCUCGAUAUUAGGGAUAAUGAUUUCAAAUGUGUUACUUUACAUACCAUCCUGCGUGAUUUGAAAGGAAUAAAUGUCUCUGUGGUCCAUCCAAUUUCAUGUGAUGACCAUUGUAAUACGUUUGGAACUACAGAAUUGCCGAGUACAAAAUCUCCUGCUAUUCAAUUUCCUUUCGCAUAUGAGGAAAGUUUAUCUCGAUGCCUUGAUGAACUUAAUGUUGUAACGAAACGAGACAGGUCGGAGCUUCAUACAAGCGGUGUACAUAUGAAGUGGGUUAUUGGCGUCUUAUCCGUAGCCUUGAUAUUAGCCUGUCUGUUUUCUGUUAGGGCACAAAUUUCUAGAUUUUUCUAUCGCCUCUUUCCUAGCCUAAGUGAUUCAGGCAGUAGUGAAGAUGAUGACAGUGCUGAACAGAUAGAAUUUGCGGACAGUAGUCCAUUAUAAUUAGAGUUUACAUUUAGGAUUCUAAGACUAAGAAAAGCAUUUGCUAUCGUUAAGGUGCCCAAUUGUGGAAAGCUUGAGUAGAAAUGACUUGCACCUUCUUUAUAGAUGAGGCAAAAACUUUUUUUUUGGGGGGGAUUUGGAUUUUUCCAUAAUCAUGUUUACUGGACGUUUCUCGACAUCUAUUAAGAGGUAAACCGGUGCAAAUUUAUUUAGUCAAUGUUUUUUAACAAAUUUCACAAAAUUGUUUUUAGGUUUUUUGAAUCAGUAUGAACAAAACAGGUGUUUAGUAACUUUUCUCUGAAGUUGGCCGUUGUUUUCGAGUUAUAUGCGAUUUAUGUCCGAUUUUUCUAUUUACCGGUGGAAAUCAAACGAGAGGGCGAGUUGCGAAUAGCCAAGUAGUGGAUAUAAUGAAUUUAGUCGAUUUCUUUUAAGAUGUCUCAAUCUAACGAAAAAUUAUUCGAUUUGUCGAUAUUCCCAUAUUAAAACAAAAAUACUUCAUAAAUCACCUGGUUCAGCUACAAAAGCGUAAUUUUUCAUUUGUGUCUGGACACAAAAGUUGACGCAAAUUCCAUCAAUCAAAAAGGAUUUCUGGAUUACUCGAAACAUGGAUCAAACCUGUAACAUUAGAUUGACAUGACGCCAUUACUGAUCAUGACAUAAAUCAAAUUACAUAUUCUUCAACAAACAUCGAGUAAAUAACCAAUUCACUUACUUACUGUUAGCAGGACGAUGCCGCGCACUCUUCUGGACUGGAGGACAACUACUAGACCACGCUGCGCCGCGGUGACGGUAGCAAGGAUAGAAGUAGUUGUCCUACUGCCCAGUAGAGGGUGCGAGAUGUUUUCUGUAAUUUUAUUUAUGCCCUCAAAGAAUUUAUCAAGCAGAAUUUUGUACAGCAACAGUAAGACACUCUUACUUUCAAUAAAAUGCAAAUUUAAUUGCUGUCAUAUCAAUCUAGAUAUUGUAUCAGAUUUGUGUUCAUGCUUCUAGUAUCGUGCAACUGCCUCUUUUUCAUUGGCACAUUUUAUGACUAUGGCCGCUAAUUUCCGGACGCAAAUGGAAAAAUAAGUUUUUUUGUAGCUAAACCAAGUGAUUUAUGACAUAUUUCUUGAUUUAAUUUGAGCAUUAGGGGCCUAUUUUACUCAAACUGUAUAAUUUUUCUCAAGUUUGAGAUACAUUUUACAAGAAAUAUAUUCAUUAGAUCUAUUGCGUUAAAGACGCCUUCCCAUUGGUUGCAUUUGUGAUAGACGUGCUUUUUUGCGCCCCAGAUUAGUAAAAUCGGACCUAAAAGUCUUAAACAUAUAAAUUGCUAUUACCACCAAUGAAAAAUAAACAUUUAAGCGAUAUUCGAAGCAUUGACACAGAUCUGAUAGAAGGUCGUCUUACACAAAUCGUAUAAUUUUUGUCUGGUUUGAGCGACAUUUUAUAAGAAGCCGACCAAUUUCAUUAGAUCCGUUAUUUCAAAGACUUCUCUCCAUAUUUUGAUUCCCGCCUGUCAAUAGCAAAAUCGUGCCUAAUGCCUGCACUUAACUAUCAGAGAUGAUCGUUGAUCGUGUGAUCAAUGAUAAUAGACACGAUCAUCGUGCAAGCAUCCACACGAACGUCUGUAGUAGUUAGUCAAACGGCAAGCAUCAAUAUGACCCGGCGAUUCCCUUUGAUGCGUGACAAUUCACGGGUCGAAGGCGAUCAUAGACGAUGAUCGGCGAGUACAGCUGAGUAUGCGCUCUACACAAACGAGCUCGAGCGUAAUCGUUUGUAAUCGCUGAUUGUGAAGAGGAUCCAUAAGACAGAAAAUAUAUAACAGUUAAAAUAUUGCUCUACUGCGCUCACAUUAAAAACCAAUUAUAAUAAUUGUGUAUUGAUCGUAAGCGCAGAGAAACAACAACUUCAAUUUCGUAUAAGUUCUCUGUCUUAGAGUAUUUUAUUAAGGUUUUGAAAUAAAAAAUGUUGUAUCUUGCGUUGAUCUAGAAGUACCUACUUAAAUAUUCGAUAAUUGCGAACUUUGAGCCUCUAAAGAACAAUCAAGAGUUAAAAUUAAAAGAAAAAUGUUGAUGAGAGUUUAAAAUACAAAUGUUCUGCAUAUAUUCAAAUGCAAAAAUUUCGUAGAUGAGGUCAACUUGAAAUUCGAAUUAUUUUUACGGCCGAAAAUCUCGCCUAUAGACCCUGAUAUUUUCCGAAAAAUUCUGUUCAGCUAACUUAUUCCACAUGAGAAAGUCAAACGUCUGCUCGGUUAGAAAGGUUGCGUUAAACCAGAAGAGGGUAUAGUGCCUCCAAAAAGAGGCGGCUUCUAUUUGCGAUCGCUUAUUCGUAUGGCGUCCUAAUGAUUCCAAUUUUUGCUUAGCCAGGAAAAACAAUAACGAAACUUUUUAUAAAAGUGAAAUACAUUAUAGCUAUAUUCUGAUUUCAGAUCGUAUCUCAAUGUAAGUUGUGUAUUUUAGGAACGUAAAAGUUACUAGUAUCCAAAGUGAUACUUAGAAGUUAUCUAAGUUUAUGUCUCAUGUAAAUUGUAAGUUCUGUUUUUUAGCUUUAGUUCAUACAGCAACUCUUUUAGUGGAAGUUGCUGUAUGCUGUAUUUAUAUUUUGAGCCUUUCUGUUGUGGCUACAAACAAGACAUAUUUUUAUUUUGUAUUUGUGAUAUUUGUUAUGUCUUAUAUUAAUAUUAGUAUUAUUGUUGCAUAAAUUUACCAUUUCUGCACUUUACCUUUUGUGACAUGUAGGGUAAAGUUGUUAAACUCUACCAUUUGAAAUAUUUUAUGAAAUAACUGAAUUUAAUGAUGAGUUGAGAGAGCUGUGUAAUAAAAGCAGUCGUAGUCCUUAUAUUUUAAGAUUGUGUAUUGUGUAGAAACCUUGUUCAAAUCAUACUUUUAUAUUUUUAAUAAAGACUAUGCAGUUCGCUGAA